CAGACUAACGUACGAGAAGAAGUGAGCGUGUCACUCGUGUUUGCAAAAGGGAAACUAGCACCGAAACAAGCAACAACUAUCCCACGAUUGGAACUUUGUGCUGCGGUAUUAGCAACUCAGGCUGUCGAACGAACAAUCAAAGAACUUAAAUCCUUGACCAUUGAUGAAGUAGUUUUUUACACCGACUCAAAGGUGAUCUUGGGCUACAUCCAGAAUGAAAGUCGGCGAUUUUACGUCUAUGUGGAUAACAGGAUCCAAAUUAUCCGAAAGGUAUCUGAACCAUCCCAAUGGAGAUACAUCGAAACAACCGAUAACCCAGCAGAUCUCGCCACGAGAUGUACAUCCGCGAAUGUCCUGAUCGAAUCAUGCUGGUUUGAAGGCCCCAAGUUCCUAAGCGAUGUAACUGCUACCCUGGACAACAAUGAAAAAUCAAUGUUGUGCGAGGACGACCCAGAAGUCAGACCACAGGUUGCUAUCCACAUCACGGGUAUGCCACAAAAGAUACAACUUUAA